AUGGAAAGUGAAAUUUACAAAUUACGAAAUCAGCUUGUAAUACGAUGCAGCCAAUACUUGUCAUCCAUCUAUCAAGCGCUGGUGGGUCUUUCCAGAGAGUUUUUCAAUUGUGAUCUACCGGAGCAUGUGGAGAGUGAAACGUAUUCUACCUUGGAUUCAUUUUCUCGAGUUAUAAUUCACGAAUCUAUGAUGACCCCGAGGAAAGAUUGUAGUUACAGUUGUCAGGUCCUUAACACCUCCACUUAUUACCGAUACCCCUUCACAUCAUUCGGAACUUGGUUUCCACAACAGCAAUGUGAGGGUUACAUGGCCAAUUGUGUUAAUCUAGGUAAAGCAAGAUUCUGUGAACUGGAUGAAGAUUCGCCAAUUCGUUAUUCAUGGAUAGAGAGCAGUAAUUGGCAGAAGACUUUUGGAACAAAAGACCAAUGUCUCAAUGGAAAAGAUGUGACUAUAGAUGUUUCAAAAAGCGAUGGUAACGAAUGCUCAACAUGUUUCUGUGAGUGUUCCGAUCUUAAAACGGGAAUUAAAACUAUCCGUCUGAGAUUCCAAAUGGCUGAUAUUGACAAAAAUAUGAUAGUCACCGGUUUAAAAUUCGAGGAAAAGCAAAUGAUAUUUCAUGUUCAAAUUGAGCAAGGAAAACUGUUACCAGGUGGUCGAAUUGACAGAAGCUCCAUCCACAUGAAGGAGCUUGAAAAUUUAAACUAUAUGAAAGUCGGUAAAGGGUGA